AUGGAGGCCGACAGAAUAUCCCAGCUGCCAAUACAUAUACUUCACCACAUAGUAUGUUUCAUCUCACAGAAAGAAGCUGUGAGAACUUGUCUACUCUCCAAAAAAUGGCGCCACAUAGGAUUAACCCGCCCCAACCUCGAAUUUUUCGAAGAUUCGUUCGACUUAUCCAGAACCCUACAAGGAUACCUUGAUCAGAACCUCUCCAUACACAAACUCCGUCUCGACUUAUCCACGCCCGUCUCACCACCAGUCAUCUCCCUUCUCAACAAAUGGAUCCCACUAAUAGCCGCCCUCAACGUAAAAGCGUUUGAACUUAACUUUCUUUCAUAUACUCCUGCAUAUUACGACCUGCCCUCGGAAGUGUUCUUAGCCGAGUCCCUCGAAGAACUACAGCUGUGCAAAUGCAGGCUGAUCCCGGUCGAGAGUGUGCGGUUUAGAAGUUUGCGCAAGCUCACCCUCAAAGAGUUCCAAGUUGAUGGCAGGACUUUCGACACGAAAAUGUUGGGCUGCCCUUUGCUUAGGUGCCUGGUCCUUAUACGUUGUUGGGAGUUGAAACGUUAUGGGCGUAGCAUCAAAAUCGAUGUCCCGAAUCUGGAGACGAUCACUAUCAAUGGCAAAUGGAUUUGGUGUCACCGCCGAAGCGCAUUCUUGUUCUCUCAUCUCACGAGAUUGGAUCUCCAUAGUGUGAUCCUGUCGAGCGAGUCGUUCGACCUGUUCUUGUUCCGCUGCCCAACACUUGCCAAAUUGACCCUAGAUAAUUGCUCCGGUUUCGAGGAAUUCCAUCUUGCAAGUGAUUCGGUCAGGUUCUUGACCAUAUCGACACCCGAGAUAUUGCUUAAAGGAGUUAAGGUUUGUGCCCCGAACAUUCUCGAUUUCAAGUUCAGAGCCCGUAUUCCCCAGGUGCCGGACACAUUAUCCUUCACAAGCACUGCUUCCGUGAUGCCGCAUUAA